AUGGCGUCUCGUGAGAAGAGCUCUUUAAAGCGAGGCAGGGCCAGUAUCGACGCCGACUCCUCGGAUCUCAAGAAACCGCGACGCUCCCAGAGAAUCUCCAGCCAGCAAGAAACCUUGGAAACGCCAGUCGACCGAGACUAUCUACCAACCCCGUUGACUGAUGCUCGUUCGACCGCCACAGACAUCCCCAACGAGGUCACGGCCACUCCUCCGGACAGCCCGAGUCAUCAUCGCCAACAGUCUCCGACUCAUGUCAACUUCUCACAGGGCCUUUCCUCUCCGCCAGGUGACACCCAAGCACUCUCCCAGUUUGUCUAUCCUCCCAGGGCAUUUGCAGACGAAGUGGAAGAUGAAAGUGGGGAAGGCGUCUGGGGAUAUUUAAUCCCCUUGGACGACAAAGUGAGCGCGGCAUUUGUCUUGAAGAAGCGCGAUGGCUGUUCUGGCCGUGACGAACUCUCGAAAGAUAAAGCCAACAAGAGAAAUCUGGCUCGCAAACAAGGGACAAUCGAACACCCGGAGGCUACCUGUUCGGUCGUCACCCAGAAUGUGAAGAAAAAGGGCGAUAUAGUGGCUGUGUUGGAGGAUCUUUCCAGCAAUGGAACAUUCGUAAAUGAUGCGAUUGUGGGUCGCAACAAGCACCGAGAGCUCGAGGAUGGAGACGAAGUGUCCAUCUUGAAUGAAGCGCGUUUUGUCUUUCGCUAUCCUCGGACACGAGACACCAAUGGUUUCAGUCAACAAUACCGGAUUCUCCAGCAGCUAGGGAAAGGUCAUUUUGCUACUGUUUACCUCUGUGUUGAGCGAGCCACUGGGAAGCAAUUUGCUGUCAAAGUCUUUGAAAAACGAUCAGGCGAUUCGCAGAAAACACAGACCGACACCUUGCAGCAGGAGAUUGCCCUUUUGAUGGGAGUCAAUCACCCCAAUCUCCUCUGUCUGAGGGAUAUUUUCGAUGAGAACGAUGGAGCUUAUUUAGUUCUUGAACUAGCCCCCGAAGGUGAGCUGUUCAAUUUGAUUGUAAGCAAGCAAAAGCUCAGUGAAGCCGAAACCCGUCAUGUGUUCCGACAACUUUUCGAGGGAUUGAAGUAUUUGGUAAGAACUUUCCAAGUCAUCAAACAAUGGAUCAACUUCGAGGCUGACGCCCCUUCUCAGCACGACCGAGGGAUUGUGCAUCGCGAUAUCAAACCCGAGAACAUUCUCGUUGCAGACAAAAAACUGACGGUCAAAUUGGGAGACUUCGGACUUGCUAAGAUUAUUGGAGAAGAUUCUUUUACGACGACCUUGUGA